AUGUUGGGUGCGCAGAUUACCAAGAACCAGGAGCUGAAGGCGAAUUUCAGGGGUGUUAUGAUCUUUUCUGGUGCAAUCGACCCGUCUGCUGUCAACCAGGGAUGCGUGGAUAUGGCAUCUCAGCGCAGUCUGGUGCCUCAGGAUAUAUUAAAUAAAAUGCAAUCGGAUAUGAAGGUCUGUCAAGCGGCACUCGCCGAUUGCAACUCCAAUGGUCCUGGGAAGCCUUCCAAAGAAGAUAAGUGUUUUAAGGCCGCGUUGUGGUGUGAUGAUGCUACUGCUUUCCAACUGGAUGAGAUUCAUAGAAGCGUAUACGAUGUGCGCACCAAAGACGGCCGUGAAUCACGGUUCUACAAGUUCAAUCCUGGAGAUGCAGAGAAGCUUCUGAACAACAAGAGUGUUCAGGAGGAGCUGGGAGUUGCAAAAGAGGAGUAUAAGAGGAUGGACUAUAUGGUAUACAGAUGUUUCAUACAAUCAUAUGCUUAUGAUACAACAUACUUCGUGAAUGAACUACUAGAUCAAGGAAUGAAGGUAUUGAUCCUUAAUGGCGCUGAGGACUUCGUGGCUAACUACGGCGGUACAGAGAAAUGGGUUUUCUCUUUGAAUGGUGAAAUCAAUUACGGUUUGAAGCUCUCCUCGUCCCCCCGUCGGACUCUCCAG